AUGGCCGGGGCACCCCAGCUGCCCCACGAGGCUGCGGGUUUUCACCCUUGGGCCACCCGGCAUCCCGUCUCUGGCCUCUCCCGGGGGCCAGAUUUCACCGUCCCUUCCAUAACAAGUGCAGCGGCGGCGGCGCGCUGGAUCCGGCACACGCUGUUCCCAUCCACGGUGCAGCGAAGGAACAACCGCAGCAUUGUUCGCCUUUAUAUAACAGCCCGAUCCGUGAGCCCGGGGCCGCUGCCAGGGCCUUGCCUCGCACAAAACGCAGCCCCCACCCUGCAGCGCCGGGCCCCCAGCCCGCUCACCCGGCACCCCCGAGCAUCCCCUGCCCCGCACCCUGGGGACGGAGCGGGGUCCCCAGGGGCUCGGUGCCAGGGGGCAGAGGAGUUGCCUGAGGAGGGGAAAUAUUUGGGUGUUGGAGUCUCUCUGGAUCCUGGUGCUGCCUCGGGGCUGGUCCUGGUCCCGGCCGACCCGGGGGGGGACGGGGCUCGGCGGUGGCAUGACGUCCCCAUCUCCUGGCGUGCCUUCCCACUGCCGUCCCUGCCGCGGAAGCAGCCCACGGUGCUGGUGGUGUGCGGCCCGGCGCAGAACGGGGCCAUCGGGCUGGUGUGCGCCCGGCACCUGCGGAUCUUUGACUACGAGCCCACCAUCUUCUACCCCAAACGCUCCCCGGACCCCCUGUACCGGGAUUUCACGACGCAGUGCGAGAAGAUGGACAUCCCCUUCCUCUCCUACCUCCCCACCGAGAGCAAACUGGAGCCCUCGGCACGGCUGCCGGUGAAUCCCCACCAAGAAAAACCCCGCGCGGUGCCAGGAUGCGACCGGAGCUGCGCAGGGCAGCAAUGCCGGUGGGGGGGGACACGCACCCCCAUCCCCCCCGUGCCCCCCCUCGCAGGGUGGGACGUGGAGGCCGGGAGCAGCGGCGGGAUCAGCCCCGACGUCCUGGUGUCGCUGUCGGCGCCCAAGCAGUGCGCCCGCCGCUUCCUGGGCCGCCAGCACUUCGUGGCCGGUCGAUACCUCCCCUACGACGUGCAGAAGAAGUUCAACCCACCCGAGUACCCCUGCAUCCAAUUUUAG